AUGUCUUCAGAUGCUGAACUACGUAUUCCCAUUUACGCAAAAGGUAUAAAGGAUGAAAAUCUACCAGCAAAGCUCAUAAAUUUUAUGCAAGAAGACGUGUAUAAAACUCAAGUGCAAAGAUUCAACGAAUUGUGGCAAAGGCAUCGUAAAACAACAUUAAAAAAAUUUUUAAUCCUGCAUCUGUUUACAAUUAUAGGACUCUGCAUGUUGGUGCUCUUUUAUCUUCUUUCAUAUAAACAUAAUAAGAUCAGCGGAAAUGUUGAAUUGUCACAAAAUGCUUCUCGUUGGGUUUUCAUCUAUCUUAUUAUAGUAGUGGGAAUUAUUAGUAUUUUCUGGAUGUGGUUUCGUAUUGUAACUCUUAAUGAUAAGUUAACUAGUGCUAUCAAAAGGUUGUUUAUUGAAUUUAAUAGCGAACUAGACACAGGAAUUACUUGGGAAUAUGGGAAUUCGACUACUGAAAAAACUGUUUGUAGGCGCAACCGUUUCUGUGUUGAUCAUUCAAUUUUUCGGUCAAAAGCGUUUCUUCUUAUUAAAUUACCUUCAAAUUUCUCAUUAAAUUCUCAAUCAAGUUCUUUACCUAAUAGAAAAAUGUCUGUAUCUUCUUUUACCACAAUACUCCAAAUAUAUGAUGAUCCUAAAAACUAA